AUGUGCUUCAUCGGAGGAGACGGGGCAUCUGCAAGCUGGAUUUUGUGGAGGAUGCUGCGGCAAGUGAUACACAGAGGGCUCAAGGCUUCGUUCUACUGGCUGGGCUUAUUCGUUAGCAGGCACCCCGUUUUCUUCCUCACCGUCCCCGCCGUCCUCACCAUCAUUUUCGGAUCUACCGUGCUCAGCCGAUUCAAGCCGGAGACGAACCUGGAGGUGCUGGUCGCCCCGACGCACAGCCUCGCCAAGAUCGAGCGGAGUCUCGCCAACAGCCUGUUUCCCAUCGACCAGUCGAAGCACAAGCUGUACUCGGAUUUGCACACCCCGGGCAGAUAUGGCAGGCUGAUCCUGCUGGCCAAGUCCGGGGGGAACAUCCUGGAGCUGGCCGACCAGGUCCUGCAGGUCCACAAGCAGGUGCUGGACCUGCGCGUCAAUUAUAAGGGAUUCAAUUACACGUUCGCGCACCUCUGCGUCUUGAGCCACAGGGACAAACGCUGCCUCUUGGAUGAUAUCAUCACCAUCUUCGAAGAUAUCAGGCAGGCUGUGCUCUCCAACAGCACUUUCCAUAAGGUGCCCGUGAGCUAUCCAAACACUACGUUAAAGGAUGGCCGAGUGUCCUUCAUCGGACACCAGCUUGGCGGCGUGUCCUUCUCGCCCAACAGCCGUGACCAGCAGGUCAAGUUCGCCCGCGCUGUCCAGAUCACCUACUACCUCCGUAACCACGGACCCCCGGUGCAGGAUGCCAUCGCAGAGCGCUGGGAGAACGAGUUCUGCGCCCUGGUCAGCCGGCUGUCCACGUCCGAGGCGCCCCACGCCCCCGACCAGCUCCACAUCCAGUCGCUCACCUCCUUCAGCCUGUGGCGGGACUUCCACCAGACGGGCGUGCUGGCCAAGGGGGAGGUGCUGGUCAGCCUGGUGCUGGUGCUCCUGGCCGCCACCAUCUCCAGCUCCAUGCGGGACUGUCUGAGGGGUAAGCCGUUCCUGGGCCUCCUGGGCGUCCUGACCAUUUGCAUCGCCAACGUGACGGCUGCGGGGAUCUUCUUCAUAUCGGACGGGAAGUUCAACUCCACGCUGCUGGGGAUCCCGUUCUUUGCCAUGGGUCAUGGAACCAAAGGUGUGUUUGAGCUGCUGGCAGGCUGGAGGAGAACAAGGGAAAACCUGCCUUUUAAGGAACGCGUGGCGGACGCUUUUGCUGACGUGAUGGUGUGCUACACCAUGACCAGCUCACUCUACAUCAUCACGUUUGGCAUGGGAGCUAGCCCAUUUACCAACAUUGAGUCAGUGAAAAUCUUCUGCCAAAGCAUGUGCGUGGCAAUCCUGGUCAACUACUUCUACGUGUUCUCUUUCUACGGCUCCUGCCUGGUGUUUGCCGGACAGCUCGAACAGAAUCGCUAUCACAGUGUUUUCUGUUGUAAGAUCCCCUCAGUGGAGUACCUGGACCGCCAGCCCACGUGGUUUAAAACCAUGAUGAGCGAUGGCCACGACCUGUCCACACACCAUGACAGCGUCCCAUACCAGAAUCAUUUCAUCCAGCACUUCCUCCGAGAGCACUACACAGAGUGGAUUACCAACACCUAUGUCAAACCCUUUGUGGUCAUUCUUUAUCUCAUCUAUGCCUCUUUCUCAUUCAUGGGAUGUUUACAAAUCAGUGACGGAUCAAAUAUCGUGAACCUGUUGGCUAGUAACUCUCCGAGUGUUUCAUACGCUUUGACCCAGCAGAAAUACUUCAGUAACUACAGUCCUGUGAUUGGGUUUUAUAUUUACGAGCCCAUCGAGUACUGGAACUCCACGGUGCAGGAGCAUCUGAAGACUCUGAGUCAUGGCUUCAACAAGAUCUCCUGGAUGGACAACUUUUUCCACUACCUGCGGGUAGUGAAUGUCAGCGCAUCAACGAAAGGCGACUUCAUCACCAUCCUUAAGGGUUCCUUCCUGCGCAGUCCGGAGUACCAGCAUUUCACUGAGGACAUCAUAUUCACCAAGAACCGCGAGACUGAUGAGUACGACAUUAUCGCCUCACGGAUGUACUUGGUAGCACGGACCACAGAGAAGAAGCGCGAGGAGGUGGUAGAGCUUUUAGAAAAGCUUCGUCCCUUGAUGCUGAUCAACAGCAUCAAAUUCAUUGCCUUUAAUCCAACGUUUGUGUUCAUGGACCGCUACAGCUCCUCCGUCAUCUCACCCAUCCUGACCUCAGGCUUCAGCGUACUCACCAUCCUCAUCCUCACUUUCUUCCUGGUCAUCAACCCCUUGGGGAACUUCUGGCUCAUCCUCACGGUUACGUCCGUGGAGCUGGGCGUCUUGGGUUUGAUGACCCUUUGGAACGUCGGCAUGGACAGCAUCUCAAUCCUGUGCCUUAUUUAUACCCUCAACUUCGCCAUGGAUCACUGUGCACCACACCUGUACACUUUUGUGCUGGCCACCGAGCACACUAGGACGCAGUGCAUCAAGUUGGCACUGGAGGAGCACGGGGCGGCCAUCCUGCAGAACACAUCCUGCUUUGUGAUCGGGAUCAUGCCCCUGGUGUUUGUGCCUUCCAAUCUGACCUACACACUGUUCAAGUGCUCCCUCCUCACCGCGGGCUGCACCGUGCUGCACUGCUUCGUCAUCCUGCCCGUCUUCCUGACCUUCUUCCCGCCGUCCAAAAAGAGACACAAGAAAAAGAAACGGGCCAAGCGGAAAGAGCGGGAAAGGGAGAGGGAGCGGGAAAGGGAGAGGGAAAGAGAACGGGAGGAGAUAGAGUGCAUUGAAGUCAGGGAGAAUCCUGAUCAUGUGACAAACGUCUGA